CAAAAUAACGGUUCAGUUGCUUCCCUUGGGGAGGAGUUUGACAGUUCCCGGCCCAAGGUAUCCAAAAGCCAGGCCUUGAGGACCCCACUGGGCCUAAGCCAGGCUCAGGGAGACAGAUGCCUGUCCAGGUCCGGUCGGUCCGCCACAGCCUCUGUUAAAACUCAAGUCGCGCUGCGAGGAAAAUUACACCAUCUUCUGCGGGCCACUAGCCAGGGCGGAAUCCUCAGCUCUCUGGCACGUGAAAAAGCCAGGCUUGCAGACCCAGGGUGCUGGGGAGGAGCGGAUUAGUGGGGGGCAGCUCUUGUGGCUCCGAGGCCCGCCCUGCAGGCCCAGCACGACCUUCCCGUUCCCGCCCCCACCCAGACGCGGCCCCGUCUUCUGCAGGCCUCACCCGGGUGUGGCCGCUGCUGCUCCGCAGAGCCUCGCGACCAGGAAGAAGAACAACUGGAAAUAAUGAAGUCCCUUUUCUUCAUGUUUGUUGGUGUUGCUCACCUUUUAUCCCUGAACUCUGGAAAAGCUAUAUACAAGAAUGACAUUUCUCAGAGAACAUUUCAAGAAAUAAAAAAUGAAAUAGCCAGCUAUGAAGAUGUUGCUAAAGCAAUUAUCAACCUUGCUGUUUAUGGUAAAUACCAGAACCGGUCCUAUGAGCGUUUGGGAUUUCUAGUUGAUACUGUUGGGCCCAGACUGAGUGGCUCUAAGAACCUAGAGAAAGCCAUCCAAAUCAUGUACCAAAACCUACAGCAAGAUGGUCUGGAGAAUGUCCACCUGGAGCCAGUCAAAGUACCCCACUGGGAAAGGGAAGAAGAAUCUGCAGUGAUGCUGCUGCCUAGAAUUCACAAGAUGGCUAUUUUGGGUCUUGGCAGCAGCAUUGGGACUCCCCCAGGAGGCAUCACGGCAGAAGUACUGGUAGUGACCUCUUUUGAUGAACUCCAAAGAAGGGCAUCCGAGGCAAGAGGGAAGAUCAUUGUUUAUAACCAGCCUUACACCAGCUAUGGGAUUACGGUGCAAUAUCGUCAUCAGGGAGCUGUGGAAGCCGCCAAAGUGGGGGCUGUGGCAUCCCUCAUCCGAUCAGUAGCUUCCUUUUCCAUCUACAGUCCUCACACAGGUAUUCAGGAAUAUCAAGAUGGUGUGCCCAAGAUUCCAACAGCCUGUAUCACAGUGGAAGACGCAGAAAUGAUGUCACGAAUGGCUUCUCGUGGGAGCAAAAUUGUCAUUCAUCUGGAGAUGGGAGCAAAGACCUACCCCGAUACUGAUUCCUUCAACACUGUAGCGGAGAUCACCGGCAGCAAGUAUCCAGAGCAAGUUGUACUGAUCAGUGGACAUCUGGACAGCUGGGAUGUUGGGCAAGGUGCCCUGGAUGAUGGUGGUGGAGCUGUCAUAUCAUGGGAAGCACUCUCCCUUGUUAAAGAUCUUGGGCUACGUCCAAAGAGAACUCUGCGCCUGGUGCUCUGGACAGCUGAAGAACAAGGGGGAAUUGGUGCCUCCCAGUAUUAUGAGCUACAUAAGGCAAAUGUUUCCAACUAUAGUCUGGUGAUGGAGUCUGACUCUGGAACCUACUUACCCACUGGGCUGCAGUUCACCGGCAGUGACAAGGCCAGGGCUAUCAUGAAGGAGAUCAUGAGUCUGCUGCAGCCCCUCAAUGUCACCAACGUCUUUAGUGAUGGAGAAGGAACAGAUAUUAACUUCUGGAUCCAAGCUGGAGUGCCUGAAACAUGGAGAACAGGGAAGAGAUUCUGUGAGAUUAAAAAGGAGCCAGUCUGCGUGAUGACUUAUACAAAUAUUUCUCCUUCCAUCAUUCCCAUGGAGACACCAUGACUGCCAUGGAUCCCAAGCAGAUGAAUGUUGCUGCUGCUGUUUGGGCUGUUGUUGCUUACGUUGUUGCAGACAUGGAAGAAAUGCUACCCAGGUCCAGAGGAGAACAAGAAGGAAGGCCUCUUUAGCUGGGGAUCCUGGCUUCGCAUCUUCAAGAUACCCACCUUCACAAAACAGUGUUAUGCACUUAAUCUAGAGGACAGAGCUUUCUUCAUACCAUCUGUUAAUCAUCUUUUCUUGAUUCUUUCUUACCUGUUUCUAGAAUAAGACAUGAUCCUCAAUACUCCAUAGAAUCAGCACACUGUAGGGAAUCACAAUUAAGUCAUUUCUUUAUGUCACUUUGAAAACAUACUGUUUCCCACUUUUAAAAUAAACAGAUCUUUGAAAAGCC